AUGAAAAUCUUGCCACCGAGCUUGAUAAUCGUGACGCCAGAAUCGCAACCGAACUUACAGCAAGACUCGAUGAAAUCGAACGAGUCCUUCAAACCCAUCACAACAAUUCCGACAAAUCCGAUCAACAGAGCGUGGCGAGUCAAGCUUCCUCUGCAAGCUCAGGAAAAUAAACCAGACAAACAACGCGUCAAGAAUUGGGAAAAAACACGUAAAUCAAGCAAAAUAAGCGGUGGUUCUUCGAUUUACAUCCACAACCACAAUUCGACAUUAUCAGGAAACUCUUUUGCCGUUGCUGGGAACACUUCAACUACUAAAGCUACUACUGAAGCUACUACUAAACGCAAGCGAGAGGGCUUUAGAGGGAAAAAGAACGAUGAGGUGCAAGAACAAACAAAGCGAGUACGUUUUGAGGAAAAGUCGAAGAAAUUAUCAUCAGAAAAAGGGUCGGUAUCUAACUUAAAUUUUGUCCGCAAAAAAUCGCCUUUUAUAGAAGUUGCCGGCACAAGUGGUCAAAUGUUGGUUGAAGAUUUAGUUGAGGGUUUUUACGUUGUCUUUCCCGGGCCGACAUUUGAAUUUCCCACAAGACUUCAACAUAUCGAAAAUCUAAAAUCAGCUGUUAAUAUUAUCAAGUUUGUUAUGGAUAAGUACAUCCAAACAAACAAGAUAGUGGAAAAUAAAGUAAGUACGCAUAAUGCGUUUGAGCAUAUUUUCGGCAACAAUAACAAUCUUGAUAUGGAUUGUAAAUCGGAAUUUAUUCAUGAACCCGAAAAGCAAGAAAUCAUAAUACAAAAGUCAAUAUUUAGUUUGGAUUCGGAAAAUCUUAAAAAUAUUAAUACAAUACGUACGUAA